AUGACUGACGAAUCUCCAUUGCUUGAUUUUGUUCCAGAUCUAGUUGAAUCGCGAUCUCACAGCUAUGAUUCUGAGCUCUACUCACUGAAAUUGUACACUUCAGUUUUGGCACUCAUGCCUAUGUUAAAUGUGUUUUGGUACCUUUCCAAGGUUUUAUUUGCUGAAAAAGGACUUGUUCAAGCAGUGGAGGGAAGGUACACCGUUCUUGCUGGUAUAACUUUGACUUGUUCAACAAUACUGGCAUUACCUAAUUGGGCAGUGAGUUUGAUGGCAAUGGAAAUGAUUCUCAAAGAGGGAAAUGAUGUCAUGGAGCUGACUAUGGUUGCAUUUAAUGAAUUGAAUCAGCUUAAUGCUACAACGGAAGCAGAGGAUGAAUUUAAAAUUUUUUCUUGGAAUAUUAGAGGUGCAAUGCAUGAUCAUGGGAAGCUUGCUAUGAAGGAUUUUAUCCACAGCAAGAAGCCUGAUGUGGUGAUCCUACUAGAGACCAAGUGCCAGUUCAAAAGAUUGAAGAGAUUUUGGGACUCCUUGGACUUUUUGCCCAUCUUCAUAGAGGAAGCAAGAGUGCUGGAAAGAUGCAACCUCAUUGACCUGGGAGCUGUGGGGAGACAGUUUACUUGGUCCCGGAGAGUGAACAACAGAAUCAUACUAUCCAAGCGUUUGGAUAGAGCAGUGGGAGAUGCAGAUUGGAGAGUGGAGUUUCAGGAUGCGUUUGUGGAGGUGUUGAAUAGAGUUCAUUCAGAUCACAAUCCUUUGCUCCUUCAUUGUGGCCCUAUUAGGAGUCAGAUGCUGGACCGUCCCUUCCGCUUCAAUGCAGCUUGGUCCGACCACUCUCAGUUUGAAGUGGUGGUGGAGAAUGCUUGGAGAUCUGGAGAUGAGGACAUUAUCAUUAAACUCGAUAGAGUAAGGGAGGCAUCCCAAGAUUUCAACAAGGAGGUCUUUGGAAACAUCUUUAGAAGGAAGAGACACGUGGAGGCGCGGCUUAGGGGAGUCCAAAGGGAGCUGGAUUCUCUAGUAACCUCAGACCUUGUCCUAUUUGAAGCUGAUCUCCAGAGGGAGUACAAAAGUAUUCUGAAGCAGGAGGAGCUUUUGUGGUUCCAGAAGUCUAGGGAAAACAGGGUUCAAUAUGGAGAUCGUAACACAGCAUAUUUUCAUACUCAAACCGUCAUUAGAAGAAAGCGGAACCACAUUCACCGGCUUAAAAUUGGGGAUGGUAGCUGGUGCUCAGAUGCGGAGAUUCUCAAGCAUGAGGUACAAAGCUUCUUUGUUAACCUUUUUGCAGCGCCUUUGCACACCCAGGGUGCUGUUCUUAGCCACGACCGUUUCCCUAGCCUACAAGCGGAGGCGAAAUUUGAGUUGAUUCAACCAGUGACCAAGGCGGAAGUCAAGGAGGCGUUGAUGGGGAUAAAGUCAUUCUCAGCUCCGGGGCCAAAUGGCUUCCAACCCUUCUUCUAUAAGAAGUAUUGGAAUCAUGUGGGAGAUAACCUAUGGAGCUUUGUUCGCGAAGCUUUUGAGGGGAAGGUGGUGAGGGAAGAGGUGAUGGAGAUCCUCUUGGUGCUCAUCCCAAAAGUAGAUCACCCGACGGGAGUCAAGGAGUUUCGCCCCAUAAGCUUGUGUAACGUCACCUAUAAGCUCAUCACUAAGGUGUUACUUAACAGGCUCAGACCCUUCCUCAAUACCCUGGUUGGGCCAAUGCAAAAUAGCUUCAUUCCGGGGCGAGGGACGACUGACAAUGCUUUCUUGGCUCAAGAGAUUAUACACCACAUGCACAAGUCUAAAGCUAAGAAAGGUACCCUUGCUUUUAAAAUUGAUUUGGAGAAGGCGUAUGACAGUGUCUCGUGGGCUUUUCUGGAGGAAACUUUGGUGCUCUAUGGCUUCCCUAGUAUGAUUGUUCGCCUCAUUAUGAGUUGUGUGUCAUCUUCUCACAUCUCAAUUAUGUGGAAUGGGUCUAGGCUUCCGAAAUUCAAGCCCGACAGGGGGCUCAGACAAGGGGACCCUUUAUCGCCAUACUUGUUUGUGCUUUGUAUGGAGCGUUUAUCCGUUUUGAUUCAUAACCUGGUUGAUAAUGGGGAGUGGAAGCCGGUGAGAAUUUCCCAAGGAGGUCCCCCAAUCUCUCAUCUUUUCUUUGCUGAUGAUGUGCUGUUGUUUUGCCAGGCGACAUCAGAUCAGGUGAAUCUUCUGGCGGCCACCAUGAAAUCCUUUUGUGACAGCUCAGGACUUAAGAUUAACCUCCAGAAAUCUAAAGCCAUCACAUCUAAGGGGGUUAGUGCAGAGGUCAAGGCGGAGAUCUCAAGUAUUGCUCCCAUCCCGUUUGUGAAGGAUUUGGGAAAAUAUUUGGGCUUUCCACUGAGAGGGGGGCGCAGUCAGAGGAGGAGCUUUGAUUUCUUGAUUGAGAAUAUCCAGAGAAAGCUUGGCACUUGGAGAUCAAGUAUGCUGAACUUGGCAGGAAGAGUUUGUUUGGCGAAAUCUGUUAUUGCCUCCAUCCCAACCUACACUAUGCAGGUCUUUUAUCUUCCUCGCUGUGUAACCAACCGCAUAAAUAAAAUCAUGCGAUCUUUCAUUUGGGCUAGCAGGGCGGGCUCACGGGGUUGGAACCUUGUUGGUUGGAAUAAAGUAAUAGAGACUAAGGAGCAAGGUGGCAUCGCCAUCAGAGACACUAAUCUGGCGAAUACAGCUCUAUUAGGCAAAGCAAUUUGGAGUAUUUUACACAAGCCCCGUAAGCUAUGGGUGGAGGCCAUGAAGCAUAAGUAUUUGCGUAACUCUUCUGUUUUGCAGGUUGAACCAAAAGCAACGGACUCCCCAAUUUGGAAGGGGAUUCUCAAGGCGCGUGACCAAUUAAAGGAGGGAUUCAAGUUUCGACUCGGAAACGGCGAAACAUCUCUCUGGUAUGGCGAUUGGAGCGGAGAUGGAGCGCUGGCGAGGAAGGUUCUGUAUGUGGAUAUGCAUGACGUUCAGUUAUCCUUGCGUGAUGUAAUUUCGAAUGGAAAUUGGAACCUUGGCAAUGUUUAUACUUUAAUUCCGCCAGAGUUUGUUCAGCAGUUGCAUAACAUAGAGCCACGGAUCAGCCACAGUAGGCGUGAUGUGUGGAUUUGGGACAAAGGCGAGACAGGUUGUUACUCUGUGAAGGAAGCUUACCAAUGGUUACAUAGGUUGAAGUAUCCUUUGGCGGUCGCUGGAGACUGGAGGUGGGUGUGGAGCUUGAAGGUUCCGGAACGUGUUCGCUUUUUUGUCUGGUUGGUUCUGCAUCAAUCAAUCCAAACGAACGCGUACAGAUAUCGCUGCAACAUGACAGCGACACCAAAUUGCUCUCGAUGUUCGGCGACAGAGGAGGACGCCCUUCAUUGCCUGAGGGAUUGCCCCCAUUCUCGGGAAAUCUGGAUGAGAGUGGGGGUGAUGGCUUGGCCGGGUUUUAUGAUAUAUGAUUGUGGAGAUUGGGUUCGUCGCCACGCUCAAGGGAGGAACGGUUUGCAGUUUUUGGCUGGUGUUUGGGGAAUUUGGAAGUUGAGGUGCAACAUGGUGUUUGAGGAGAAUCCAUUGCCAGUAAAUGAAGCGUGGAGACGCAUCUGUCACGAGCAUGACGAGAUGGCGAGGUUCUUGGACGGCAGCGACGAGAUUGCAGAUGAGGUGCGGAUGGCGGCAAGGUGGGGACGGCCGUCAGAGGGCAGUGUGUCUUUGUGCGUUGAUGGUGCGUUGAUGGUAGCUUCCGAUUGGACCCCAGGUGCAUGGGUUGGGGAGGAAUCGUGCGUGAUUCUCAGGGGUUGUGGCAAGGUGGCUUUCACGGGUACAAGAUUGGAGGAAGUGCUUUCAUGGCUGAAGCAAUUGCUCUUGAAAGAGGUCUGCACUUUGUGUGGGACAGGGGCUAUAGACAGGUCGUUUGCAAUGUUGAUUGCAGAAAUUUGCUGCAAGCACUAG